CUGUUUUCUUCUUUCUCGUCUUCGACUCUUCCUCUAUCAAGUUCCGUUUCCUACCCUCGCCGCCGCAGAGAGGAGUGAAAUGAUUGUAUGAGUUGACGAUUAUGUGAUAGUAGAAGAAGAAAGGCGAUAGUUUCCCAGAAGAAUAGAGAGUAGAAGGGAUCUGAGAAGGUUCAAUUUUUCCCUUUUUUAGUUUGGCAAAGAUGGUGUUAUGGGAGAUAACCGCGGCGACGGCGUAUUUCUUGGGGUUGAAGCGGACCUACAGGAUCGCUCUCAGACUCCAGCGGAGAAUUAUUGGCCCAAAGCACCCCAGGAUCAGACAAUUUCUCCACAGGAGAACACGUUCCAUUUUUGAUGUGGCAGUUACUGUACACAAGAACAUACAGCAAAGAGACUUAGAAGCAGGAAGGAGCCUUGGUAACUGGUUCCUUCGUUUUCUUGACAGAAUCAAGCCAUCCGCCCAGAUCCGUAGCUCUCCAGAAAAACUUCCUGUUAGUACCCGGGAACUAAACUCAAAUAAGUCCGUUGGUGUGGACAAACCAACUGAUAAAAUGUCAGAUCAAAUCGGCGAAAACCGGCGACUCUUUACCUCAUUCAACAAGAACUCUCUGCCUUUGCCAACCGUUAUGAUGAUGAAGCCAACAAAGCAAGCUCAGAACCACCAUUUCUCUUCUCAGUCUGUUCAGAAUUUCUCAUCAUUCUUAAGCUGUGGAAGAGGGCAAUAUAAUGAUGUUAUCAGGAGAGAUAUUGCACUGUGGAUGCAUCUGAAAUGAGAGACUGAUUCUUUCUUCCUGAGAUAGGUAAUUGGUUAGUUCCACUUUGUUUUCUGCAAAAUAGAGCUGUUCUUCCUGUACUCAAUGAUUUUUUUUUCCUUUUUAGUUGUUGAGUAUGGUUUGUAUGGGUCAAUGUUUGUUUGAGGUGAGACCCUAUCCUUCACUGAAGAAUGAUAUCGUUAUGAGGAUUUAUUUCUGUAAAAAUUGUGUGAAAAAAUAUGAUUUUUUUAAAGUUA